UCUUCCCGUGCCACGUGACAGAGGAAGAGGCGCAGACCCAUUACACAGUAAUAAAAAUAUGCUUUUGGCAACAAAGAGCCAAAACCUAGAGCUGCUGCAGGAAGCCAGCAAUCUGCACAAAAAGAAGUAAAACGUUAAUAAAAAAGAACUACAGUCAAUCCUGCAUACCCUUCAGACGGACACUGCUGUGGCAAGAGGGGGGCUUGGGCUCUGCGCGUGACAGCGACCUGCAGCAAAACAUCUAAGUCCUAAAGUCCUGCAUGUUUCCAGUACCUGUCAAGAUCUCACUGAAGAGAUUAAUCUUGGCUGUGCCAUGAUCUCUGCUGUCCUCCUCCUCUGGACUGUGCCCUGUGUGGCAAACCACAUCCUCGGCGGCUUUGCCAAGGAAGCACUGCAGGAAGGUCCCCAGUUGGCGUGCAGCCUGCCAGGACCCCCUGGGCCACCUGGGCCACCCGGGGCACCUGGGACUCCGGGGACAGUUGGCAGGAUGGGCUUCCCAGGCAAAGACGGCAAAGAUGGCAAGGAUGGGGAAAAAGGCGAGCAUGGCGAUGAAGGUCCACAAGGCAGAACAGGAAACCCCGGCAAGCCAGGACCAAAGGGGAAAGCAGGAGCUAUUGGCAAGGCAGGCCCAAGAGGACCCAAGGGUUUAAAGGGUAAUCCUGGAAAAAAUGGAGCACCAGGAAAGAAAGGGCCCAAAGGGAACAAGGGUGAGACUGGGAUGCCAGGACCCUGCACCUGUAAUGCCAACAAAGCCAGAUCUGCCUUCUCUGUGGCCGUCUCCAAGAGCUACCCAAGGGAAAGGCUGCCCAUCAAAUUUGACAGGAUUUUGAUGAACGAGGGAGGACAUUACAAUGCUUCCAGUGGGAAAUUUAUAUGCAGCAUUCCAGGUAUUUACUACUUUACUUAUGACAUCACUUUGGCCAACAAACACUUGGCCAUUGGCUUGGUCCACAAUGGGCAGUACCGGAUCAAGACUUUUGAUGCCAACACUGGGAACCAUGACGUUGCCUCAGGAUCAACCAUCCUUUCUUUGAAGCAGGAUGAUGAGGUAUGGCUGCAGAUCUUUUACUCAGAACAAAAUGGGCUCUUCUAUGAUCCCUACUGGACAGACAGCUUAUUUACUGGCUUCCUGAUAUAUCCUGAUCAAGAUUAUCUCAAUGAAAUAUAGGAUGAGAAACUAGCCUAUGGGGAAAACACAGGAAAUGCACGAGACCUCAGUCCAGCAAAGUGUAGCCUGUACAUGGACACGUGUGGGAUUAUCAUACCAUUUCACAUUCUUGGCACUAACAGCCUGUUUUGGCUAUGUAGCUGUUUACUUGACGGCAUCAACCAGUCUACAGGAUACCAGGACUCACCUCUAAGCAGCCUCGUGAAUCUCUAAGUCUCAAAGCCACCCUUUAUGUUUUUCACGAUGAUUCCAACACACCAUGGACAUGUAACUCAAAUACUGGUGCAGAAUGCUUGGAUUAUAUUAUUAUUAUUAUAUUACUAUUUUACCAUUAUAAAGCAUGGGAGCCAACAGCCAUUUCCUGAAAGGUGAGCUCAGAAUUGCCAUUAACGCUGGAGAUUGUACCACUGUGCCUCCUUCUACAUCCCAGAACAAUCCUUAAUACAGUUACUCUCUACCAGCUGUUUAAGAGUCAGGAAGUUGUCAGCUAAAGUUAUAAAAGUAAAAGUAGCUCUCAGCAUCAUCAAAGCUGAACUAAUAAGCAAAGACAUCUGGCCUAAAUAGGAAGUGACACAAAGAUAAGGGCUCAGUUUUAAGGUUAAAGGUAAGACUCUUUUUAUGACACAAGCUGUUGGCACUGAGCACCACCGGCAUUUCUCAGGUUUCAGCUCCCGCAUACCAGCACUCGAGUCCAGCAUCUAGUUUAAGAGAAGCGUUGGUAAGCUGUGAACAGAGCUGGACUGUGCAAGCCAAAUACCCGCAGGCCUUGGGAGUCAUAGUGGAGGAGGAACUCUGCAGAUAAGACUCAGCUGUCAAAGACAGCACGAACCUUCACUCCAGAAACAGAUUCACUAAUAACCCACUUCCUUCAUCCCUGCUUGCCAUUACUGGAAGGAGAUACUUGUGUUGCCGAGAUCCUCCUCAAGGGCUUAAUGCUACAGAUAGGGUGUAUUAUACUGCUGCUUUGCCUUUUUAUGUUGUAUGUCAAAUAGUACAGCUGCUCCAAAAUCAAUGUUUUGGUUCUAACCAAAGUAUGGAGGAAACUCAUAAGAGUCAAAAGGUGAAAUUUGCCAAGCUUAGCAUUUUUUCCCUCCUCUGUAUCAACUAAUACAGACACACUUAAAAAUGGUUCACUAUUAAGCACAGCAAAGAGAGUUCUGCUAUAAAGCCACUCUCCCUGGCUGCCUUGCCCCUGGAUGUCCAACACUCCUGUAACGCUGAGGUCUCUGCCUCAGUAGGCAGAAGAAAGGAAUCUCUUCCUCACUAUCAGUUGUGCUUUCUUGGUUUCCAGUCAUAUUUCUUGUCUCCUUUAUUGCUUGGCAAAAACUGUCAUGAACUUCCAGUUCCUCUUAUCCUCAUAUUUAGACAUUAAAGGGAUAUCCCAUAAGAACAAAGAUUUUUUUUUUUAACCUUACUUUUACAGGUUGAAACAUUUGCAUGAGUUUUGUGAACUACAGUAACUGCGUGGUAUCUAACACAAUUUUUUUCAAAUACAUUUUAUAAAAUAAAGCUGAAGUAUUGCUGGAGCAGCCUUGAUAUUUAUAAAAGUAGUGUCUCAGAUUGUAUUUCAAAACUGUGUUAUAGAUUCCACAGGCACUAGUGGUUUAACAAUAGAUUUUGUAGGGGCAGGUGCAACAGUAUUUUCACCCUCUCCAGCCUAGCCAGCGGGGUGCACAGACUUUUUUGCUUUCUAUGCAAGAAAAUCUGCAAGGUGGAAGAAUAACAGCUGUCUGCUUCCCAGAAGCUGCUCAAUGGAUGGUAGGUGUCCUUCCCCUGACAGCGAUUGCUCAGAUAAUGUAUUUCCCAUUCCAAAAUCCCCUUGUUUAGUGUGUCCUGGGGUGCAUUUUGCAGGCAGCUUCCCAAAAGGCAGCAGCAGUUCAAGAACUGUUUCUCCUUCAACAGCCAACCCUGCGCUCCCACGCUGACAGACCAGGAGCCCUGCAGGGCGAUAACCACUUUUUGGCUGGGCUGCACACAGCUCUUCCCCACAAUGCAGGUCCCCCAGCACCCGUGCACUUAGUGCAGCUCAGGGGAGGUGGUAGGACACAGGGGAGGAUGUUGCCUGUCCACACCACCACCCAGCUGUGCUGCAUCCAGAAUGGAAAUUACACAGCACAACUUUAAUUAGUCCACUAGUGCUCAGAGCCCACUGCUGCCAAAAGACAGAGACCUCGCUUCACUUCUCAGUACUCUCCCCUCAAGUCCGUGCAUUACCUAUCCCCAAAAAUGGAUAUUUGAGGCGUUUUGUUGUUGUUUUUUAUUUUUUAGUCUCCAGUGAUUUUAUGAGCUGCCCUCACUUGGCACAAGGCAGGUACCAGGGCUGGAGGAGUACCACAGAGAAGGAAUAAACCAGAGAAGAGGUGGGUGGAGGGGAAGCAGCAGUGAGCAAUUAGAUUAACUCAGUGGCUCAGUCUUCCCUUGUUAUCUCCAGAGAAGGCCCCAGCAGGGAGCUUUUCUUCCCAGUGUCAGCCCUCUCAUGGGACACAAGCUGGUUUCCUCAGAUGAGACACAGUGGAAAUUAUUAACUGUCUGGCAAAGCAUCCUUUUUAUUCUAGUGAAAAUGAAAACCUACACUCGUCUUUUAAGUCUGGAAUAUCAAAAUGCAAGUUAUAGAGAGAACCACUGAUCUCCACUGAGUUUGGGGCUACAAGGUCCUUCCUUCAGGAGCAGCUCAGGACCUCUUUGCUCUAGGCUGCUCCCAUCCACCUCUUGCAUAGCUUCCUCUGAAAAACAUGAAUUUCCUCUUAUGAUGCCUUAAGAUCAACUUACAUACUGAACAAGGUGCCUCCGCUGAGCCCAGUUCUGCAAGAAGAAACACACCAAGCAGCUGCAGACUCCCCUCCUCCUGCCUCACCCAGGAGGGGAGGGAGGGAAGGGCAUCAGGAAAGGUACAAGCAUGUCUGGGUCACUGCAGAGCCAAUCUUGCAACUAUUAAGGGAUGUGGAAAAUCCACACAAAAUUCAAAAUGACUGGUUCAGACUUCGGAGAAUUUAAAAAAUAAUAUAUUCUGGCUGGCAGCCUGAAGAUGCAGAAUAUAUUUCCGGUUUGUGCUGCUAUUGUCAUCUAGCCAAGCAGUUAUUUACUUCGUUUUAAACUAAAAUGGAAGAUAACAUAAAGUCUCUUUAUUCCAGAAACACAACAUUUCCGGAAAGAUACCAAAUAAAGAUCUCUGGUUUUCACAGCCAAGCUGUCUCCAGAGAGCACCACCCCGGCGUAGGCUGCUUGCCGCAGCCCAGCCAGCUGCCUGUACCUCUAGCACAGUGGGAGAAGAGCUGGGAAUGGUGGCAACUGGGUGAGCACAUGGGCAGAUGUUAUCAGAAAGUAAGGAGGAACAGCCUGCCCAACUGAAAAGCCAUCCAUAUCUGCUGCUCCCAUGAAAGACCUCUUAUGCCACAGAUCACCAUUCACUGCAAGUCUCAGGACUGCCCUUUGCACCACGUUUUGGCACAAUCAAGUCUCUCCAGCUCAUCCAGUAUGCCAGGGCAGGGAGGCAAGGAAAGGCAGAAGCACCAACCUUCAGUGUUCAGUUCGCAACAGAGAGAAGGCUCAGUGGGUCCAGCUGGUGGCUCAUUAAAGACCAGCAUGGACCUCGCUGUGAACACACGUGCCUGCCCAGGUGCCUUCAAAGGCACUGGAGGGUUUCUCUGCCACAGGAGCUUCUCCCACAUUCAUACCCAGCACUGUGCAGCAGUGCAGUUUCAGCUCAGGCAAAGCUGUGAUGUCAAACGGUUUGAGUUCUCAGCAAAAAUAGCAGCAGAGCAAAAAGCACUCAGUAUGGGAUAAGCCCAAGGACAACAACUCCCGCAUGGUACAGCUUCCGACCCAUUACUUCAGCCUCACAAAGUCCUUUUCCUUCCUUCAGGAGGAUCUACAUGAUAGGCUCUCAAGACUUAUUUUUCUAUUUUUUUUUUAUAACCAUACAUUUCAAUGCUAAAAACAAUAAACAUCAAAAAAUAUUUUUACUGAGGAAAACCAACACUAACCGUGGAUUCAAUGCACACUGAGUGCCUGGAAAGUCAUGGUGUGAGGCCACAGCUGGAAAUGAAGGGAAGGCCCAGAGCAAGGCUGCAUCCUCACUAUGUGCCCAACACACUGUCCCAGGCACCCAGUGCUGCAGAGCUCCUGCACCCACCUAAGCAGACAGAGCAGGCUGAUGCCUUCAAGUCUUGAUCACAUCUUUCUUCUGGAGGACUAAAGAGGAUCCAGGUGCAUUUAACAGUGACCCUCAUUUGCCCUGCUCCCCAGGUGUGCCUGCCCUCAGUUACACCAGUUAACACUUGACAGUCAGCACCCCAAUGCCAAAAAAUCUAAUAAAAUAGGCCAAAAGUUUGGGGUUUUUUUCAGUUUUUCCAGGUUGCAUCAAUGCUGCCUCACUAAAUAGGAGGCUGCUGCCCCUUGUCCGGUUGCUGGGCACAGCUGCAAGACUUUCAUCAGGUCUUGCAUUUUGAGGUACACUUUAGGCACAGCACCAUCCUGUUGUCUAAGACAGAAGCUGAAUAGAGCUUCUAUUAAGUAGGUGGUAGACAACACUGGAAUAUGCCGAGUACGUAUCAUAUCCUGAAAUACUUUAAACGUGAGCAGCAUC